AUGUUCGCCACCGGUAGUGAUUAUCGACAGGUUUUGGUCCGCCUGAAGGCUGAAUUUGAACGACGAUACAACGAUCCGAAGUUAGCUUCCAUGACAAGCCCUACUGAAUACGAAUUAAUCCGCACGCUUGGCUCUGGAGCGUUCGGAAUCGUGAAACUGAUCAAACGGAAAUCGAGUGAUGAUUUUUUCGCGAUGAAAAUACUUGUCAAAGCAAAGAUAGUCAGAUACAAGCAACUUCAGCAUACGUACAACGAGAAAAGGAUCCUCCAAAGCAUACGUUUCCCAUUCGUCGUUUCAUUGAAAACGUCUUUCAAAGAUAAUUCCUACAUUUACUUGGUGAUGCCGUUUGUGAAUGGCGGUGAAAUGUUCACGCUGCUACGGCGACACAGGAAAUUCGCCGAAGCACAAGCCAUUUUUUAUGCCGCCCAAGUGGCUAUGGCGCUCGAGUAUCUCCACUCUUGCAGCCUGGUGUAUCGUGAUUUGAAACCGGAAAACCUUCUCAUCGACUACCGUGGCUACGUGAAGGUGACGGACUUUGGUUUUUGUAAGUUUAUAAAAGAUCGUGCCUGGACACUAUGCGGCACGCCCGAAUAUCUCGCACCAGAAAUUAUACAGGCAAAGGGAUACGGGAAAAGUGUCGAUUGGUGGUCGUACGGUGUGUUGCUGUUCGAAAUGGCUGCAGGAUACUCCCCAUUCUACGUCCACAGCGCCGACCAGAUGGCCAUGUUCGAGCGUAUAUGCAAGGCCAAGUACAAGAUACCGAAGAAUUUUUCUUCCGAACUCGGUCAUCUCGUGCAACAACUGCUACAAACCGAUCUCACAAGACGCUACGGUAAUCUGCGGAACGGCUCCGAGGAUAUAAAGCAGCACGGUUGGUUCAAAUCGGUCAAUUGGAUUGCCAUGCUGAAUCGAGAACUCCCUGCGCCAUAUGUUCCGCAGCUGCAAGGACCGGGUGAUGCCUCGUUGUUCGAUGUGCACGACGAGCAGAAUCUUAAGGUGGCAUCGAAAUGUGAGUACGCCAAGGAGUUUGCUGAUUUCUAG